UGCUUAUUAAGUCGUUAGGCUCCUCUGUGUUAUACAACAUUACUGGCAGAUGAGUGGUAGAGACGACGAACCAACGAGUCAGAUCACACAGUUUCUCACUCGCCUGCUUCAAGAUACCAUCGUGUACGCACAAAUCUGAAAAAAUGUCGGAGGAAGCAAGUGUUCAGGAACGUCAACAGGUGACCGACGAGGUCAUCCAGGAGGCCCUGAGGGCCGACAAGGGUCCAGACGCUAGUCUGGUGUCUUGGAAGUUCGAGGACUUCACCAUGAAGGGCGACAACUACACAUGUCUGGUGACUUGCUUGGUGGUGCAGUACACCCUGGGAGGUAAGCUCGAGGAAGCUACCUACGUGGCCAAGAUGAGGAGGAACAUAGCCAUGGAUACCUUUGCUAGCGUGAUCCAAAAACUCGUGAAAUGGGAAGGAACCUGUCUUGCCGAAAUUGUGCCUUGUAUGAACAAGAUACUGAAAGAGCUUGGCCAUCGGGGCAUUGGAACUGCCAAGGCUUACCACUGUGUUUACGAGAAGGACAAGGAAGUACUGCUUCUGGAGGACCUGCGUAGCCGAGGCUUCAGGAUGUAUGACCGUAAGCGUGGCAUGGACAUUCCCCACGCCCGCCUGGUCCUGCAGGAGCUGGGCAGGCUACAUGCUGCCUCCAUCCUGCUGGAGAAAUCUCUACCCGAGCAAGACAUAACCAAAACCUGGAGUAUCUUCCAAGAUAUGUGGGAGAGCACUGGCGAUACCAAGAAGAUGCUCGAUGGCAUGACUGCCUCUCAGUUGGAAGGAGCAGCAAUGAUAAUGGAAAAGGUCCCUAAUUAUGAGCAUGUGGUGAAAUGGAUUAAUCAAGUCAAGGGCUCUGCAGCGGACGUCUUUAUGGAGAAUUCUACCUCCGACCCAACCUUUGCUGUCCUCGUCCAUGGAGACUGUUGGACCAACAAUUUACUUUUCAGGUAUCACUAUACAAACGCUGCCGGAGAUCCCGUAGAAAGUGAUGCUGGUGGGACCUACAAGGCAUGCGGUGAUGUCCCCCGCCGUCGACCUAACUACUUCUUGUACUCCAGCUUCAACGGCCCUGACCGCUCUCCGAACGUAGAGCUCUUCCUUGGUGUGUAUUACACCUCCUUCUGCGAAGUCCUAAGAGCUGCGAACACUCCGGUUCCAUUCACCCUUGAAGAGCUGCGUCAGGAGUACCGCCGCAAAAUGGAAUACGGGUGUAUUGCGGGCAUGUUCGUAGUACCAUCAUCUUGAGCGAGG